ACCUGGGUCGGCCCAAUGGGCAGGCGACACGUGUCCCCAUCAGCCCAACCCCUCCUGGUGCGCUCCCCAGACCGCUCUGCGAGUCCCACGGCAUAUUCGCCAGUUGUUCCAUCUCCGUGCCCCUUACACGCGGGCCCCGGGGAGGACCGCCCGCCCGGCGGCCCCACCCGCAGCGAGACGCGGCGUCCCGUGUGCUCGUCAGAAACAAGCGGCGGCCCCGUUUGCAUCCGCAUCGUGGCUAUAAGAAAGCAGGGGCCGUCCACCCGUACAGCGAACCCCCGACCCCUCUCGCCCUCCUCUCGAUUCGAUCUCGGCUUCCUCUCCAAGCCACGCGAGACCAGAGCUCCGGCCAUGGCCGCCACGAUCCAGUCCGUGAAGGCCCGCCAGAUCUUCGACAGCCGCGGCAACCCCACCGUCGAGGUUGAUGUGUGCUGCUCAGAUGGAACCUUCGCCAGGGCCGCUGUUCCCAGCGGUGCAUCAACUGGUGUCUAUGAAGCUUUGGAGCUGAGGGACGGUGGAUCUGACUACUUGGGCAAGGGUGUUUCCAAGGCUGUUAACAAUGUGAACUCCAUUAUUGCACCUGCUUUGGUCGGCAAGGACCCUACCGCUCAAACUGAGCUCGACAACUUUAUGGUUCAGCAGCUUGAUGGAACCAAGAAUGAGUGGGGUUGGUGCAAACAAAAGCUUGGUGCUAAUGCAAUCCUGGCUGUGUCACUAGCUGUUUGCAAAGCUGGAGCCAGCGUCAAGAAGAUUCCACUGUACCAGCACAUUGCCAACCUUGCUGGCAACAAGCAAUUGGUUUUGCCUGUUCCUGCAUUCAAUGUCAUCAAUGGUGGAUCCCAUGCUGGAAACAAGCUUGCCAUGCAGGAGUUCAUGAUCCUUCCUACUGGAGCUGCCUCAUUCAAGGAGGCAAUGAAGAUGGGUGUUGAGGUGUACCACAACUUGAAGUCUGUUAUCAAGAAGAAGUAUGGCCAGGAUGCCACCAAUGUUGGAGAUGAAGGUGGUUUUGCUCCUAACAUUCAGGAGAACAAGGAGGGCCUUGAGCUCUUGAAGACCGCAAUUGAGAAGGCUGGAUACACCGGCAAGGUUGUCAUUGGAAUGGAUGUUGCUGCUUCAGAGUUCUACAAUGACAAGGACAAAACCUAUGACCUCAACUUCAAGGAAGAGAACAACGAUGGUUCCCAGAAGAUAUCUGGAGAUAGCCUGAAGAACGUAUACAAGUCAUUCGUGAGCGAGUACCCCAUUGUGUCGAUUGAGGACCCAUUUGACCAGGAUGACUGGGUGCACUAUGCUAAGAUGACUGAGGAAUGUGGAGUGGAAGUUCAGAUUGUUGGUGAUGACCUUCUAGUCACCAACCCAACUAGAGUUGCAAAGGCAAUCCAGGAGAAGUCAUGCAAUGCUCUUCUGCUGAAGGUUAACCAAAUUGGAUCCGUCACUGAGAGUAUCGAGGCUGUGAAGAUGUCAAAACACGCUGGCUGGGGUGUCAUGACCAGCCACAGGAGUGGUGAGACCGAGGACACAUUCAUUGCUGAUUUGGCUGUUGGUUUGUCCACGGGUCAGAUUAAGACCGGGGCUCCCUGUCGCUCGGAGCGUCUUGCCAAGUACAACCAGCUUCUGAGGAUCGAGGAGGAGCUGGGCGAUGCCGCUGUGUACGCCGGCCUCAAGUUCCGUGCACCGGUGGAGCCCUACUAAACGGGGAUCUGCAUGAGUUUUUGUGAAGAAAAUGGGUGUGUUUUAACCUCCGGAAUGAACUCUGGUUGAAGCUCUUAGGAUUGAGCAAUAAUGAAUGCCGCGCAUGUUUUAUGUGAACGGAACGGAUAUGUACCCUCAAACUUGCUCCAAUUUUGGUCCUUGUGGAAAUGUACCUGAUUCGGCCUGAACCUUUUGGAAGUGUAAUACUAGUUUUUGGCGCAUCAUCUUCGCCUUUCUUGCGUUUA